AAUUUUAACGUGUCUCAGCAUACAUAUUUAGCCAACAUCAUUCCGUGAGAGUCUAGUGACACGAAUACACUUUCUCUACCAUAAUGAUUACCGCUUUCCCGAUAGCAGUGGUCUUGACCUUGCUCGCGGCUGUCAAAACUCUGACUACAAUGAGUGUGGGAACGUGGGAGAGACGCUUUUCUCAUGCAGGAUGGUUUCAUGCUCGAGUGAUCCUACUUAAAUGCCGAAGCAUAUUAUUAAGAGCUUAAGUUCCCAUGGAUGUUGGAUGAAUACAAGUAGCUCCUACAGGAGAAACUAAAAACCCUACACUCCGUUUUACCCAGUUGGUUAAGGGAAUGCUUGAUGAGAGGCUGAACUUUUUCUGGUGUGAAGGCUGAAGUCGAACGAAAAAUGCUUGCCGAAAAUCUCUGUUCGAAAUAUUUCGAAAACCGGAAAGCCGCAAAACCCCUCGUAGAGAAGAGGAGACGGGCACGUUUCAACCAGUCUUUAGAAGAGCUGAAAAAACUUGUAUCAGAAGCUUUAAACAGAGAUCCCGCCAGGCGUUCAAAGUUGGAGAAAGCAGACGUCCUGGAGUUAACAGUUCGUUAUUUACAAAGUUUACAAAGACAACACAUGACAGCUGCCUUGGCAACCGAUCCCGCUGUCCUUAGGAAGUUUCGAUCUGGAUUUAAUGAUUGUGCUAGUGAAGUUAGAAGAUACCUUCGCCGGAUAAAAGACGUGGACCAUGCUCUCCGUCAACGUCUCCUUAGACACCUGGGAAGUUGUAUGAUCAGUCUUAAUAAUGCUACAUCGUUUAACUAUGUGGGACCAGUAGUGGAUAUUCCUCAAGUAUCGUAUGUGUUUAGCCACUUACAGUCGCUUGGUAUUCAAAUUCCUGGUGGAUUGAAUACUUUAACAGAAGAUCAUGAUGUUAACAACAACAGUGUUCCCCAGGGACUUUCAGAUAUAGAGAAACGUUUCAACAGACUUCCACUCAACCCAAACAGGCUCCUUAGUGGUGACUUUGCCUUUAUACUUUCCAGUCAAGCACUCCAGCGACAGUUAAGCUUACUGGUCCCUUCAGAAGAUAACAGCAUCGAACGUCUGCGGGGCAGAGAAACGCUUACCGAAUCGUAUAUCCCAGCGAGUUCCAGUGUAAGCAGUCAUAGCCCAUCAGGAAGUGAGUCGGGUUCUGAAGUAUGUUUUGAAUCUCCAACGUUAUCUAUACAAGAACAGAAAAGUUCAGAUAUUGAUGAUACUCCUAAGCCUAAAUGCCACGUUGACAGUUGCAGAAACGUUCCAAACUUUAGUAACCCAGAGAACUAUAACUUAUUCAAAGUGUGUGAAAAUGCAAAACCAUUCUAUGAUGAACUUAACAGUAUGAAACGAAGUUCAAAAUAUUCAUCCUUAUCUCAGAAAGCUAAUUUCACCAGAAUGCAGUCCAAUACAAGAAAAUUAAACAGGGAUCAACCAAGAACGUUAAAUGACAGAAUGCCUGUUUUAGCCAGACGCCGUUCGUCUCCACAGGAGAUAGAAAAUGAAUGUGUAUGGAGACCAUGGUAACAUGAUAUCACCGAUUUUGUACAAGUUUACUUUUGCUCUUCAGUAUCCAGUGGUUGAUACAUCCCAUUAAAACAGAAUCUUCCAGAAUGAUACGUUAUUGUACAUUGGAGAUAUGUUUUAUUAAGUCUACACUUCAUCACAUUACCCUCCUAUUUCUUAUGUUGUAUAUAUAUAAACAAAGUGGAGGAAAAUGGGUGUUUUCGAUUUCUAUGAUGAAAUUUAGAAUAUACAUUUUUAUUUCAAGAAGUUAUAAAUCCUAACCUCUGUAUUAUACAGGGUAUGGCAAAUAUGAGUAUACGCUUGUUUCGUUUAGAACGUAGUUUAAUUUCUAACUAUUACUAUGAGACAGAAAAUAAUUAAUUUCAUUUACUUUGUCUUCUUACGAUUUUCUUUAGUACCAACCAAAUAAUACCAACUAUACAGCAACUUUUCUCAACUCCUAUAGAUUAUUUUUGAACAUAGAUAACAGUGCAGUACUUGCUAUAUACUACUCUGCUAGUAGUCUCGUGUAUUUUAAACGUAAAUGUUUACGUUGUCUGAUUCCUUAAAUGCUCUAUUAUCCAUCUCAUCGGAUUUCUAAUGAAUUAGUGAUUUGUGUGAAAUAAAUCCAUUUGUUGUGCAGGGGCGUGUCACCGACGUGGGGAGGAAGACUCCCAUUAGUGACCUCUGGUAGUCCUUCUAUUGUGACUUCCACUGAUAUGAAAGUUAUUUUUCUAACGGAUGGGGUAGUCAAAUUACAUAACUUAAACCGAAAGAAGUAGCUCCAAUCAGAUGAAACGUAGGGGUAAGUUUAAUCGUAGUUUGAAACAAUAUCAGAAGUAGCUCCAAUCAGAUGUGAAACGUAGGGGUAAGUUUAAUUGUAGUUUGAAACAAUAUCAGAAGUAGCUCCAAUCAGAUGUGAAACGUAGGGGUAAGUUUAAUUGUAGUUUGAAACCAUAUCAGAAGUAGCUCCAAUCACAUGAAACCUAGGGGUUAGUUUAAUUGUAGUUCGAAACAAAAGCUGUGAAAAAGACUGCAAGUUAAUUUCGGCUUUUUUGAUAAUUAAAAAAUAAGGCAAAAAACAACAACUAUUUUUUUUCUUAUAUUUGAUAGCACCUAACUUCUCCCUCCUUCAGUAAAACGUUCCCAGAAACACCAUUAAUUUUAUGAUAUUUUAUGUUACUUAUCAAAAUAAAAUUGUCUGUAAAUCUCAAGUUGAAAGUAGAGUGCAUAGUGAUAUCCCUUGCCAGUUGUAGCUUGUGUUAAGGGGAUGGUUACUAUAUCAGUCAAUGAUAAAGGAAGUAAAGAAAAGUUGAUUUGUUCUUAUUUAUUAUUAUUAUUUCAUUUAUGUACCAGUGAACAAUUCACUCUUGACAAAACCGAGUAUUCUUACUCUGCCUGACAGUAGUCUCCCGUGAUUGACAAAACCGAGUAUUCUUACUCUGCCUGACAGUAGUCUCCCGUGAUUGACAAAACCGAGUAUUCUUACUCUGCCUGACAGUAGUCUCCCGUGAUUGACAAAACCGAGUAUUCUUACUCUGCCUGACAGUAGUCUCCCGUGAUUGACAAAACCGAGUAUUCUUACUCUGCCUGACAGUAGUCUCCCGUGAUUGACAAAACCGAGUAUUCUUACUCUGCCUGACAGUAGUCUCCCGUGAUUGACAAAACCGAGUAUUCUUACUCUGCCUGACAGUAGAUUCCCGUAAAUUUUUUGGGCCGAACGUAACAUACUGGUUAGAGUACUCGGAUGUUAAAGGGUUCGCGACCCGUGUCCUCUGAAACCUUCACCGUACUUCAGGGCCGUUAGUACGGUAUUAGAAUAGCACUAAAUACUUUCUGGGGUAACUUUCCCCCUAGAGGGCGUGCACCCAGUUUGAGGACCACUGCUCUAAUCUAGCAGUUCAAAAUUAGGAAUGACUAGAAAUAGUUAGUCCUUGUGUAGUUUUCGCGAAAUUUAGAAACAAUCCUUAUAUCGUAAUCAUGUUUUCAGCAUAUAUAGGCAGAUUUUGUUAAACAAGACCGAUGUCUGCAUCCAUUAUCAAGGCUGAAUGUUGUGUGAAUUGUGA